AUGUUGAUGAAAAGGUGGAUUCAAGGUUGCAAGGUCUGCACACGUGUGUUCAGCACCGAAAAGCCGACAGUGCACACUAACCUCAUGACCACAAGAAGGUGGCUCGUGCUCAAAAUGUCUUCUUCCCCUGAGCUUCGCGCAAAUGUGACGUGGUCGCUCAACCAGGCGAGGGCCAUCAUGAUAGCCACUGUGCUGCCGUUGUUCUGCGUGUUCCUGUUAUGCGUCGGACUCAUGCUGUGCGCUAUAGCCAAGCUGCCCCACACCCUCGACACGCCUCGUUACCUCCUCUUCACGUGCAUGCUAGUCAACGAUACCACCAUGUCAUUAGAGCGCUUUGUUGCAAUCUUCUACCCGUUGCGCCGCCCGGCUGCCUGGCGAUCUGACCGCAUCUGGGUCAUCAUCCUGGCCAUGUGGCUGCUGAGCUGCAUGGGCCCUGUCUUGGACAAUAUCAUCUGGGAUAGACAAACCUUGUCCGUCGGCAGCGAACCCGUGUUGUGCAAGAGCCCUCAAGUGAGUGCCACGCCAGCCCAGGCCUUGCUCCGCAUAAUUGUCAACGUGACCGUCUUUUCCCUGAUGACUGUUGUUAUCAUCUGGACAUACAUAGGCAUCAUGGUUCAGACGCGGAAGCUGCGCAGGGCCGGGGAGUCAGCGGAUCGCGGUAAACGGACGGUUCUGAUACACUCCGCACAGUUACUGCUCUGCGGGCUAGCUUUCACGAUCCCUCUUACUGAAACGCUCAUUAAGCGAGACUCCUACCAGUCACAAUAUACAGUGAUCUUCUUCAAUUACUACUGCUUUGUCAUCUUUCCGAGGGCCCUUAGUCCGCUCAUUUACGGGUUCCGGGACCAAACCCUACGCAAGCAGAUGGCUAAGGCCUUUGGAGACUGUGCCAGCACCGAAAAGCCGACAGUGCACACUAACCUCAUGACCACAAGAAGGGUCCCUCACUGUUUUGACAAUGUGUAA